AUGAAUACAUCAACAUUUAAUUUGGAUCAUUGUAUUGAAAAACUACAAAAAUGUGAGAUUUUACCAGAAUCAACAAUUAAAGAGAUCACCGAUAAAAUGAAGGAGUUAUUAAUAAGUGAAUCAAAUGUUCAAGAAAUCAGAUCCCCUGUUACCGUUGUAGGUGAUGUUCAUGGUCAAUUUUAUGAUGUUUUAGAAAUAUUCAAAAUUGGUGGUCAAUGUCCAGAUACAAACUACUUAUUUUUAGGUGACUAUGUUGAUAGAGGUUAUCACAGUGUAGAAACUAUAUCACUCUUAACUUGUUUGAAAUUAAGAUAUCCAUCACGUAUUACACUUUUAAGAGGUAAUCAUGAAUCUAGACAAAUUACACAAGUUUAUGGUUUUUAUGGAGAAUGUAUGAGAAAAUAUGGUAACCCAACAGUUUGGAAAUACUUUACAGAGAUGUUUGAUUAUUUAUCAGUUGCAGCAAUCAUUGAUGAAGCAAUCUAUUGUGUACAUGGUGGUUUAUCACCAUCUGCUUUAUCAAUUGAUCAAAUUAAAGUUUUGGAUAGAUUCCAAGAAGUACCAAAUGAAGGUGCUUUAAGUGAUAUCCUUUGGAGUGACCCAGAUCCAGAUAGAGAAGGAUUUGUUGAAAGUCAAAGAGGAGCAGGUUAUAGUUAUGGUAAAGAUGUUACACUAAGAUUCUUACAAAAUAAUAAAAUGCAACAUAUCAUUAGAGCACAUCAAUUGUGUAUGGAUGGUUAUCAAACAUUAUUUGAUAAUAAACUUUCAACAGUUUGGUCCGCUCCAAACUAUUGUAAUAGAUGUGGUAAUAUGGCUUCAAUUGUAGAGGUCAAUGAAAAAUUGGAAAGAUAUUUUAACACCUAUGCUGCUGCUCCACAAAGUUUAUCAAAUAAACCAACUUUAGAUACAAAUAAAGAAUUACCUGAUUAUUUCUUGUAA